ACGUUCUGUGUGCGUCUCGGAAGAAGGAAGACAAACCAGAUCAAAAUAGCUACGGUAUCUAUAGCCAGCUAAUGAAUCACUCCUACUGGAAACCAGUCAAAAACCUGGGAGUAACUGUUUUUCCCUUUGGAAAUGGUUACUGAAAAGAUACACAUUUUCCUUUUCUCUGUCGGCGAACUACAAAGGGCACGUGCCUAGUUAAAUAGAUUUGUUUUAAACUAGCUUGCCGGCUCCCUGUCACGUUUCGAAGAUAGGAGGUGCGGAGAAGGCACGUCACUGAGGAGGCAUGCCUGUUGAAAGUGGAAGUAGUAUCGCUGCCAGGCAGGCAAAGCAGAAACGCAAGUCCCACAGCCUCUCCAUUGGCAGGACCAACAGCACGGAGCAAGACCGCUUAGGAAUGCAGAGAGACAUGUUGGAGGGCCAGGAUUCAAAGCUACCCAUAAAUGUGAGGAGCAAUCUUCUCGAACUCUUCGGACAGAUUGAGCGGGAGUUUGAAAACCUAUACAUUGAAAAUUUGGAAUUGCGGCGAGAAAUUGAUACACUGAAUGAGCGCUUGGCAGGUGAAGGGCAGGCCUUCGACGGAAGCGAUCUGGGCAAGGGCGCUUUAAAAGCAAAAGCUAGUCAUAGUACCAGCCAGCUCUCUCAAAAGCUGAAGACCACAUACAAGGCAUCUACAAGCAAGAUUGUGUCCAGUUUCAAGGCCACCACGUCCAGGGCAGUAUGUCAGCUGGUGAAGGAGUACAUAGGUCACAGGGACGGGAUUUGGGAUUUGAGCAUCACCCGGACACAGCCGGUGGUUCUGGGCACUGCCUCAGCUGAUCAUAGUGCUAUGCUGUGGAGCAUUGAGACGGGAAAGUGUCUUCUUAAAUAUGUUGGCCAUGCUGGGUCAGUUAACUCUAUCAGGUUUCAUCCAACUGAACAGAUGGCUCUUACAGCGUCUGGGGACCAGACGGCUCAUGUCUGGAGGUAUAUGGUACAGCUUCCUACCCCACAGCCUGUAGCGGAUGUCACUGCAAACUGCGACGAGGACGUGGAAUUCUCAGAUAAGGACGAGGCAGACGGGGACGUAGACGGCCCCAGCGAGUGCCCCACCAUCAGAGUGGCGUCCACCACGCUCAAGAGCCACCAGGGCGUGGUCAUCGCUGCCGAUUGGCUAGUCGGGGGCAAACAGGUGGUCACGGCCUCGUGGGACCGGACCGCCAACCUGUACGAGGUGGAGACAUCCGAGCUGGUGCACUCGCUAACAGGUCAUGACCAGGAGCUGACCCACUGCUGCACCCACCCAACCCAGCGUCUGGUGGUAACGUCCUCACGUGACACCACCUUCCGCCUGUGGGACUUCAGGGACCCCUCCAUACACUCUGUCAACGUGUUUCAGGGACACACUGACACGGUGACGUCAGCGGUGUUCACUGUGGGAGACAACGUGGUGUCCGGGAGUGACGAUCGUACCGUGAAGGUGUGGGACUUGAAGAACAUGAGAUCUCCGAUAGCAACCAUCCGCACAGACUCGGCUAUUAACAGGAUAAGCGUCUCUGUGAACCACAGGAUCAUCGCUCUGCCCCACGACAAUCGGCAGGUCAGGCUGUUCGACAUGUCUGGAGUGAGGCUUGCGCGACUCCCACGCAGCAACAGACAGGGACACCGGCGCAUGGUCUGCUGCUCGGCCUGGUGUGAGGAGAACACCUUCUGCAACCUGUUCAGCUGCGGGUUCGACCGGCAGGCCAUCGGCUGGAACAUCAACAUCCCGGCCCUGCUGCAGGAGAAGUGAAGCUCCGCCCGGGGUCCCACCCUCGAGAAUCCUCCUCCGACGGAGAGGCGGACCUGCGCUUGUGCUGUACUGUCGCCCCACUGGUCGCUGUGUGUGUGCGUGUGGCGUAUGCUAUGAUAACUCUAUAACAUACAGAUAUAAUAAUAGUACAUCAUCAUUAGAUACUCUCUCUAUGCGUGAAUACUCAAGUGCUCCCAAAUAUUGUGAGAAAAUAACAUAAUAAGCAGUGGAAUAUCCCCUGCGACAUCGAAGUCUGCAGCGUUACUUUGUGUUGUCGGCCAUCAUAACUUCGGCCUUCUAUAGAGGAUCGAACUUAACCCCUGUAGUCUAGGCGUGGGAAGGUUCAGUUUUGUUUUGGUUGAGCCAGCUAUUAUGUGCUAUAUACCAGGAGAGGAAUUAUAUCCGUGUGAAUAUUGUGUGUGUGUGUGUGUGCGUGCGUGCGUGCAGGAAUAUGUGUGUGUGGAGGGGGGGGGUUGUGUUGUGUGCUUCGUUAGUUAACUUAUGGUGAAAGAUACUGUGAAUGAUGAUUUGGCAUAGCUUUACUGAAAUAUCAGUCGUUUCUGCUGUCUUCUCUCCACCUGGCUCUGACUUUGGCUCAGGUGGGAGAAUUUGCCAGUGCCAUUUUGAGGAGGAUACAUUUCAGGUGCCUACACACUGCUGUGCCAGACACCUUAAAAGUGUGUCCCGUUCAUUUUCAGCCAGACCUUUUGAUCGAUGCAGCGGGUAGUAGAGCGCGAGGACUUGCCGCUUUGCAGUUACUGUUUUCCGCUUUGUCGUGCAUUGAUGGAGCAGAAACCUGUAUUUUCAUCGUGGCGUGACUUAACGGCUUUCUUUGCAAAAUGGAGGAAGCUAUCAAAUUUGCCCUUGUAUUUGCAUUAAAAUCCACAAACGCAUGUAUGAAGGAAUGUAUGUUUAUACACUGGAUGAUUAGAUGACCGCCAUGUCAGUAUAUUAAUUCUUGAUAUAGAAAUACAAGUGAGAUAACAUUAGCUAGGUAGCUUAGCCCUAUUUGCCAGGUAAUGUUAGAUAGAACACCUCCUCCCAAUGCAGCCCGACAGAAAUGAAAUGUAUGGACGCAUGCCACUCUGUUGGGACAGUGUGUAGGCUUCUGUACUUCUGUGCUAAUUCUCCAUACCACUUCUAUCUGUAAUGGCCUUUGUUUUGUGAAUGUCACUGAGUGCAGCUAUAAACAUGUAAUCACAUUCGAGUAAUUAUUGGUCAGAUGCUGUUACCUUUAGUGUGUAGGUAUGUUGAGAUAUUGGCUACUUCAUGUACAGUAAACUUUUGCUAUGCAUUUAGGCAAUAAAAGCACUUCUUUAGUUCCAUGAAUGUACACAUUUAAUCAUGUAUUCAAGGCCCAGAUCAUGCCAAUCAGACGCAAUAUUCAAGUGUUUGUGGAUACGGGGCCCAAGCAAAGCACAUCGUCCUAUUAAACAAUAUAGCACUGUCAGGAUUCAUUGCAUGAGGAACAAAGCCUGUUACAUUGUGUCAGAUUAGAAAGAGUUCAGCACUGUACAAAAGUUGUUGUAAUGUGGUAUUUCUGUCUAUUGAUGUUGAAUAUCUCCAAUAAAAUGCAGUCUUUUUAGA